AUGGAGACAGAUAAAAUGGACAUUGAACAUGAAAAGUACCAAUUUAUAUCCCUAGAUCAGUACAACAAUAACCCCGAAAAAGAAGUCAAGAAAGUUUUAGUUAAACAAACCCUACUACAUUCACCAGUAAUCACUAAUAUAAUAACUGACUUUAAAGUUCGAAUUAAUAAACCAUUUAGAGGGGUAUCAAGUGAAUUAUUUAAUGAUGAAGAAUUUCAGACCCUUAUCCCUCAGGAAGAAGAUUCCCAAUUGGAUGCCUUUGGUGAUAGUGACGAUGAUGAUGACGAAUUGCUAUUUGGGGUGUCUAACGAUACCACUUUCACGAUACCAGAAGCUUCGCAACAAAUAGCACCACAGUUUAAAACAAUUGAAGUAAUUGUUAAACACACAUCCAUUGUCAUCGAUGGGAUAGAGUUUUCUACAAAGUCAACUAUUAGAUCAUCAUGUGUUGUGAAAUCAAGUACCAAUGAGGACGAGCAUCAUUUAUUCAUCUCAUUAAAAUCAGGUUUCUUACUCCUUAUACGAUUGUAUUAUGUGCCCCGAUACUAUAAAGACAACAGCUAUGAGUUUCAAUCCAACCAUAGUAUAGGCAACGAUGAAGGGAAUUCCAUUUUUAAACCAUUUGUAAUACAGUGGUGGGAUACAGGAAGCGAUCAACCUACUCCAGGAUUGGAAUCAUGUGGAUCUUUGCUUAGGUCAUCACCGUCGGGACUUUCGACAGUAGCGUUUUCCAGCUCACGAUCAUUCAGAUUAUACAUGACUCAAAGUUCUACUGGCGGCACCACUGUAUUGAGAAAUCACAUUAAUAUCCCAAUGGACGGGUUCCUCAUUGAAGCUUGCUUUAUAGAGCCAAAUGCCACAGUACAAACAGACAUGUUAUUUACUUUGAUAUUUACCGAGACUAGACGAUUGACUAUAAACUUGUUUUUAUGGUCUAAUGUUGAAGGAGUAUGGCAAGGAUUUUCUCGAGAAGUGCUACCGUUAGAGAACGAUACCGAAAUACCGGUGUUUGUUGCACCUCUUACCAACAAUUGCUCUUUUUUAUUUGUUUCGCCAACAAAAUUAACCAUUGUUACUAUUCAUGACAUUAUAUCUGCAAGUUAUGAAUUCAAAACAAUCGAGGCACCUUGGCAAAAGUCCUUCCCAACAACCUACCAUAUUCCUAAGGAAAACACCACCCCAUUAGAGAUUGCCAAAUUUGAUGAAGUUUUAAUAUCUACCGAUACAGGGGCCAUAUAUUCCAUUCAAAUCAUUGACAAUUCAUUUGGCAAAUGUGAUCCCAUAAUACGUGUUGCAGAUAGUAUCUCCCAUUUUGUUUUAGAGAAAAGAAAAGAAAACUAUAGAAUGAUAUAUGCAAGUACUGGUGGUUCGAGCAAAGAUAUUUUAAUACCUGGCUUGUUUUCAAGUGAAAUUUUAGCUGACAUUAGCAACAUGUCAAAAAUCCCUUACACUAAUGCCAGACUACUAAAUGAUUUCAAAACUUGGGCUCCAUUAGUAGACAUUUCAGUAAUUGAUUCAAAGCAAAUAAAAGAUUCAAAACUACCGUUAAGAAACGAAAUUUGGGGUGUGGGUGGUAUUGGAAGAAAAAGCAAAUUGAGUCAAUUUCGAUUUGGAUACACUGCCACUAAGAAAAGCAAUACUUAUGAGAAACUUCGUAAGGCUAUUGGCUUAUGGAAAUUACUGGUCAAUGUUUCCAUUUACUUGUUGUGUUCAUUACCAUUUGAGACAAUAUUAUUGGAAGUCCAAGCAAGUGCCAAAGAUGCUUUUGUGGAAAUAUCAGAUGCAUAUUUGAUAACUGACAAUCUGACACUAUAUUCAACGGUGAUACUGGAUGGUAUGAUUAUUCAAAUUACUAGCAAUUCAAUCACUUUGUCUGAUUUGGUUUACCAGAAAAUAACUCAAUUUGUUGAAUUUUCAAUUGUUUUCUCCGAAGUGAUUCAAAACUUUUUAAUAUUAAUAGUUGAAGACACGGACAAUCAACUCAAGGUUAAAAUUUAUCGGAUAGUUUUCUUGGAAGUGUCACCAUCUCUAGAAGGAGACACAGAUGAUGAUAUUUCUAAAUACUUUGAGUUUGCUGGGGAACAAGUAUUGGAUUUUCAACCAUCCAUGCUUAAAGCUUGUACAGUCAAAGAUGAAGAAUUAAAAAUUGGUAUAGGUGGAUUUGAUGGUAGCCUACAUUUUAUAUCAUUUAAAGAAGGAAAUUUUACCAGUUUGAAAACUUAUGAUUUGAUACAGUUUUCAAAAUACAAUCAUGAUGAAAUUACUGAUCUUGGGUUCAUCAUUCCACACGACAUGAUUGUCAAUGAUAAUGAAAUCAUUGUUGGCACACGAGAAGGUUAUUAUCUACAAUUUGAUAUAGUGAAUGGUUCUAACAAUCACUUGCAAUGCAAGCAAUUUCUCAGAAUUGGGUCGACUAGUGUCAAAUUAUGUCCUGCAUCUGACGUGAAAUUACUACUUGUUUACAGUGAUCAAUUAUGGUUACUAAAUCAAUAUGAAUCAGAAUAUCCAACUCGAGUUUAUUUUGAUGAUAAUUUUGAACGUUCGAUAGUACAAUCAGUGGAAAUUGACAAUAGAAACGACAACAGCAAAUGGAAGAGUUUAGCAUUGAUAAGAGAUAAUGGACUAGUGUUGGUUGAUGUGUCCACCUUUUGUCAACCCAGUAUUAGACAAUUGUCUAUGCCUGAUAAUGCCAAAAAACUUAUUUAUAUACCGCAUAUUUCUACAUUUUUGGUGUUAUACCAUUCCAAUUAUGCCAAUGGCAGAAUCAAAUGUGUUGAUAAAAAGUCAAUCAAGGUUAUCACGCACAAAGAAACAAACAUCAAAUUUCGUGUGACUAAUAAUAAUAUGAAUGGAGAUGACAAUGAAACAUAUAUAUUUCUGGAUGAUGAAAUACCUAUUUCAGUUUGUAUCUGGGAAGUGCAAAGAAACGGAUCGAAAAAACCAAUAACCACUAAAAAAAUCUUGAUAGGAUGUGAAAAGAGAUUGUCUGACAAUAGUUGUAAAAUAACUGGGAUGGUAAAAGUGUUGGAUUUGAAAAAGACUCGAAGUAGUAGUCAUGAACACAAUCAUAAUAAUACUGAUGAUAAUUUUUCUGGGAUUUUAAUAACAGAAUUGACUUCUUUUGAUCAUGAUUUGCCAGUAACAAACAUUUUACAAUUUAAUCAAAAUAUUAUAUUUACUAGUGAGGGGAAUCUUUAUUCUACAAGCUAUAAUGAAUUGGAAAAACGAUUUACUCCAGUUAAAUUAUUUCAAACCUUACCUAGUCGGAUUGUAUCUCUCUAUGUGUCAUCAUCACCACGAAGGAACACUUUAUUGGUAUCCACCAGCAAUGAUUCAAUUUAUCAAUUCAUUGAAACUGGACCUGGGAUUAUCACAUACAUGAAUGAAGAUCCUCAACCAAAGAGUUUUAUUAACCAAAUUAACUAUCAAUCACAAAUUUUUGCUGGUGACAAAAUUCGUUCAAACAUAACUAUUAUUGAUAUGAAUGAUGACAAAACUAGUGGUUCAUUUUAUUGGGAUAGGAAAAAUGUACAAAUUUCUGGUAUUGCAAGAGUAUAUUCUACAAAAUUGAAUAAUAAUUGGGUACAGACGUUGAAUCCAAGUAUUAACAACAAUAACGACAACACCAUUAAUGAUGUUGGAGAAAAUUAUGAAGAGAGUGACGUUAAUUACAACGAGGAUGAUGAAGAUAAUUGUGUUGUUGGAAUAAGUGUAAAUGGAGAAAUCAUUGCAUUAAGGUCAAUUUCGCAGGAUUCAAAUGAGAUCAAAUCAAUUACUAAGAAAUUAGGAAUGACAUUGGAGAAACAGAUUGCUACAUUGAAUCGUCCAUUUAUUAAUAAAAUCAGUGGUACAGGUUUACUUUCACUAAAUAAACCGAAAUUUGAUUACGUUACCAAUAAUCGUUUUGAAGAAUUAGUUGACUAUGAUUUGGAGGAAUUAUCUACUAUACAUAGUUCUGUUGUUAACUUGUAA